AUGGAAAGCAAGAGCCGUGAUACUUCCCAGGAGUUUGCAAGCAGAUCAAGGCCUGCAAAGCGAUAUGACGUUCCUAUAGUAUUUAUAGGAGGACAUCCACGGAGCGGUACAACACUCAUGAGAGUUCUUCUGGACGCACACCCGUCUUUUCAUUGCGGGCAAGAGACGCAUAUUAUUCCUGAUUUAUUAGCAUUACAACGCAAAUACAGCCGCGGACGAAGUUUAAACCGUCUUCGCGAGGCGGGACUGGGUUUGGAGCUCAUCAAUACAACUAUAGCUGAGUCAGUUCUCAAUAUUAUCAAAUCACGUGGAGAUUCGAAACGACUCUGCAACAAAGAUCCAUUCACGUUAAAACACGUUUCUUUUCUUGCGCGAAUGUUUCCCAACGCACAGUUUAUUCUAAUGGUUCGCGACGCACGCGCUGUCAUUCAUUCAAUUCGUACAAAUAAAAUUAGAAUUUCUCGUUUUCCUAAAACGGAUUCCAAAGCUUUACGUCGAUGGAAUAAAAUCUUAGCCAUCAUGUUUCAAGAUUGUUUGCGUGUCGGACAUGAAAGGUGUAGAGUUGUACAUUACGAAAGUCUUGUUUUGAAACCGCGUUUAGUUUUACGAGAAAUGUUGCAUUUUCUACGAACUCCAUGGAGUGAGAAUGUUAUGAAUCACACUGGGUAUCUGGACAGAGCAGGAGGGAUUUUAUUAUCGAGGUACGUAUCAACCAGUUACACAAUACCGCGGAUUCGCUUGUCACAUCGAAUUUAAGCGUUGCCGGCCACUUAAUACUCGAAAUUGCGAUGACAAAAUAAGAGGAAAACUGUGAGGAGAGGAAAAUUUUAUGACCGGACAUUCCAUAGAAAUAUUAGACCUGAGCGGCUCAUGUCGUUGCAAGUGAGUCAAGCCUUGCUCGCAGGCUAAAGUGAAUCUAGCCAAACGCCUGCUCGCAGGCUAAAGUGAAUCCGAAUGAAGUAACUGGUAACGCUUACUAAAAUCUGUUGCAGUCAAAUGGAGUAUUUCUUUAUUUCUAAAACAUAGACUAACCCUAUAUUUCAUGUAUAUUUUCCAGCUUAGAAAGAUCAACUCACCAAGUACGCAAGCCAAUAUAUACGGACUCCUUACAUUUAUGGAUGACGUCAUCGUCCUUAAAUAUCUCGUCAGAGCAACUGGUAGCCUUGACCCCAAUGAUGGAAAGUUUAGGAUAUAUAGGGAUAGGAGAUCCUCCCAAAUAUACGAAGUUGAGACACGAACAUGGUUGA